AUGAAAUCAUUCAAUCUAUCAAUGGCGUCGACUGUGGAGGACCCAAUAGAGAAGCGAGACAGGGAGCUCCAAGCUACCCCACGGUUCAGUACCAAGUUAGGACUGAUCUGCUCCUGUCUAGGAUGUGUCGUGGGUACCGGUAACAUCUGGCGUUUUCCGCGAAUCGUCGCCACCAAUAGCGAAAACGAAGGUGGAUUGGUGUUUCUGAUAGUAUGGAUGUUGUUCCUGUUUCUGUGGUCCAGCCCUAUGCUGAUUAUCGAGUAUGGGACUGGACGCUACACUAAAAAAGCCAUUAUUGAAUCCUUCCGCAAAAUUCUCGGUGAUAAGGCAGCAUGGUGUGGCGCAUGGAUAUCAAUGGUCACCUUCCUGAUAUCUUGUUACUAUUCCGUUGUCCUGGGCUGGUGUUUUUACUACGUUUAUUACUGUAUUGCCCAUGAACUUCCUGAAGACGAUGACGUCAGCCUCAACAUAUUCAAUGAUUUCGCAAAAGAAAGUUAUUGGCCUAUCCUAACCCAUUCAUUAGCUUUAUUGUCGGCGGGAUUUGCUGUGAUCAAGGGCGUCAAAACGUUUGAGAAAGUCAACAUGGUGCUUGUCCCGGUGCUGCUUCUAAUAAUACUUUUCACAUUUGUUUGGUCAUUGACGAGGGAGUAUGCGGAUUACGGAAUUAAAUUUCUUUUCACUCCUGACUGGGAGUCGUUGGGAAAGCCUCGUCUCUGGGUGGAUGCCAUUAGUCAGAAUGCGUUCGACACCGGAGCAGGCAUGGGUCUCAUGAUACCGUACUCAUCCUUCAUGACACGUGACCACGCGAUCGUCAAGUACGCCACGCUCAUACCGGCAACCAAUAACAUCGUUAGCUUGAUAUGCGGGAUGCUGAUAUUUUCUACAGUAUUUUCGACCCUGAUCAUCAACCGUCCGUUUCUGGCUAGGAGCGACAUUGUGACUAUCCUGAAGGAAAGUGGACCUGCUAGUACUGGUCUCACCUUUAUAUGGAUCCCUGUACUUUUCUCUACACUUGGAGCAUUUGGACGAGUUCUCGCCAUACUUUUCUUCUUGUGCUUGUCUUGUGCGGGAGUUACGUCCCUUAUCUCGAAUAUGGAGCUAGUUUGUCACACACUUGAGGAUUUCGGACUGCCCCGGAAGUUUGGUAUGCCCGGUACAGUGCUGCUAACAUUUGGUGUAGGCGUGAUGUCAGCGGUGGAUAUAAAUAUACUGACCAAUCAGGACUUUGUAUGGGCGUUUGCUCUUCUCAUCAAUGGCCUUAUGCUUCAGUACCUUGUCAUCAGAUAUGGAUUAAACAGAUUCCGACUCAACAUGUUCAAUGAUUAUGGAAUUGAUGACUGGAAACUACCGGCUAUCUGGAAAUGGAUUGUGCUAGUUAUCGCCCCUAUAGAAGCACUGGUCAUUUUGGUGUGGUGGGCUGUAGAUUUGAUUCAGGACGAGGCUGAUUUGGAAGAGAAGUGGUACGAGUUCGGCACGGAGACUUUCAUGGUGACAAUAGUACAAUGGAUAAGCCUGGCAUUGUUUGUUAUCCUAGUCAAUAUGAUGUGGCUUUACUGUAAAGGACUAUACGGAGAGUCAGACGAAACGAUACGACUUAUUGGGCACACGAGGACAGACGAGGAUACCAACAAGACAACGGAAGUAAAUCUUACCGGAAGUGAAUCAGUGACUGUUAAAGAUAUAAAACUUUGA